CCUAAAAAGAUGAGCACAGCCUGUUGGUGGCACACACUCCUGUGGUCUGGUGAUCCAAGUACAUCUCAUGACCUUCAAGGAGAAGGCUGUACUGCCCAUGGUGGUGACGAGCACAUCUCUCCGUGGUUGCGGGGAGCAUGAGAGGACGGCUGGCCAGCACCCUACAUGCUCUGUGACCAUUUCUCAGGUAGCAAGCAGAAGCAUCUUCUCUUCAACAUUGCCCCCAGUGGCUGUAACUUACUGGGAAGCUCCACUGGCACCCCUCUUCACCCAGCUGAGUGAACUGUGGCAGGAGGAUGACGACAAUGUCAUGUGGAAGGAGACAGCCAGGUGGAUCAAGUUCGAGGAGAAAGUGGAGGAUGGAGGCGAACGCUGGAGCCGGCCUCACGUUACCACGUUCUCACUGCACAGUGUAUUUGAGUUUCGUACCUGCAUUAUGCGGGGUGCAGUGCUUCUGGAUAUGGAGGCUAGCAACUUGAAGCAGCUUGUGGAAACCCUGACCAGCAUAACAUUGGCCAGCUGCUGCCUGGAUCCCAGCCUGCAGGAAAAAAUUGAAUUUGUUCUUUUACAAGAACAUCUGCAUCAGUCAAAGAUGAGUCGGCUGAGGACUGUGAAAGGAUUUGGAAGGAGACUGUCUCGGCAAGGUAAGGAAGUGCCGAUUCCCCAGGAAGAGAAUAACUUACUGAAUUCUCCAACUAAAAAGCAGCUGAAAAACAAGUUUAAAAAAAAGAUACCAGAAGGAUCAGAAGCGUUCAACAUCCUGGUUGGGGAACUGGACUUUUUGGAGAAGCCAUUUGUGUCAUUUCUCAGGAUGAAGCAGGCUGUAUUGCUGGGGGAACUUACAGAGGUUCCACUUGCUACCAGGUUCCUCUUCAUAUUAUUAGGCCCUCGAGGAAAAGCGAAUGCAUAUCGUGAAAUUGGGCGUGCUGCUGCAACUCUGCUUACAGAUGAGCUGUACCACAAUGUGGCACUGAAGGCUAACAACAAGGAAGAGCUGAUAGCAGGGAUUGAUGAGUUUCUUGAUGAACUUACUGUGCUGCCACCGGGACGCUGGGAUCCCACAGUCCGCAUAAAGCCACCAAAAUAUCUGCCUUCUCUUCACAAGAGGAUGCAUGUGUAUGCUAAAGGAUCAACCUUUCAUCUGAACAAGUCUACAAGCCACAGCCUGGGGCCUGGACAUGUUCAUGAGAUCAGCGAUGAAAUGAUGAAGACAGGAAGGUGUUUUGGAGGUUUUAUUAAUGACAUCAAAAGAAAAGCUCCUUGGUACUGGAGUGAUUUCUAUGACGGCCUAAACCUACAGUGUUUGCCAGUGAUUUUGUUCAUCUACCUGGCUACAGUGACCAAUGCUAUCACUUUUGGUGGGAUGUUGGGAGAUGCAACUGAUAAUUUCCUGGGUGUGCUGGAGAGCUUCAUUGGGACUUCAGUGGCUGGGGCACUGUUCUGUCUCUUUGCAGGUCAGCCUCUCACUAUCCUGAGCAGCACUGGGCCAGUGCUUGUCUUCGAGAGACUUCUCUUCAACUUUUGUAGGCAGCAGGAGCUUGACUAUCUGGAGUUGCGACUUUGGAUUGGUCUGUGGACAGCCUUCUUCUGCCUUGUCCUGGUAGCAACAGAUGCCAGCUACCUAGUGCAGUACUUCACACGCUUCACUGAGGAGGGUUUCUGUACACUUAUUAGCCUCAUCUUCAUAUACGAUGCCAUAAAGAAGAUGCUGAGCCUGGCACAACAAUACCCAAUCCAUGCAGGCUACUUUGAAGAUGAAAGUACACAGUACAGCUGUACUUGCACUCCACCUCUGCUUUCAGGCAACAGCUCAGUGGACUUCAAUCAAACACUUGUGUCAAGCCAGUACAGUACUGCAAGUAACAUGAUGGCAAACUGGACAACAUUGGGAAAGAAGGAGUGUAUGAGACUUGGAGGUGCAUUAGUUGGGGAAAGCUGUGCUUAUGUCCCCGAUGUCACCCUUAUGUCAUUCCUGCUGUUUUUUGGAACUUUUAUUUUGUCUCUCAUACUGAAGAACUUUAAAGACAGCAGUUACUUUCCACAGUCGGUUCGAAAGUUGAUCAGUGACUUUUCUAUUAUCCUUGUCAUUGUGAUAUUCUGCAUAAUCAACUUUCUUGUGGGCAUUCAGACUCCACAGCUGCUUGUUCCCAGCGAGUUCAAACCAACUAAUCCCACCAGACAGUGGUAUGUAUCACCUUUUAAGAUGAACCCAUGGUGGCUGUCUCUAGUUUCUGCUAUUCCUGCAAUUCUGUUAACCAUCUUAGUGUUCAUGGACCAGCAGAUUACUGCAGUCAUCCUCAACCGGAAGGAGCUCAAGUUAAAAAAAGGAGCGGGCAUCCAUCUGGAUUUCUUCUGGAUUGCUGUGCUGAUGGUUCUGAUGUCAGUGCUUGGUUUUCCCUGGUACAUCUCUUCCACAGUCAUCUCACUAGCUCAUAUGAAUGGACUAAAGAUGGAGGACUCCAGCUUGGCACCAGGAGAAGAACCAAAAUUUGUAGGAAUUCGGGAGCAGAGACUCACUGGUCUGGCUGUGUUUCUUCUAACUGGCUUCUCUGUCUUUCUGGCUCCUGUCCUGAAGUAUAUCCCCAUGCCUGUUCUCUAUGGGAUUUUUCUGUACAUGGGAGUAUCUGCAGUAAGCAGCCUCCAGUUCCUGGAUAGACUGAAGCUGUUCUUCAUUCCUGCCAAGCACCAACCUGAUCUCAUAUUUCUGCGUCAUGUACCCUUGUACCGUGUACACAUUUUCACCUUCAUACAAGUACUCUGCCUUGUUCUUCUCUGGAUCCUAAAGUCCACUUCUGCAGCUAUUAUAUUUCCGAUCAUGUUACUUGCCUUGGUGGCAGUACGGAAAGCUAUGGAGUGGAUCUUUUCUUGCCAUGACCUGAGCUGGCUUGAUGACAUUCUACCAGAAGAGGUCCACAGAAAUGAGACACCACUGAAGAAGGUGACUCAACACAGCAGUGACUCAGACAGUGAAAAUUCGGAAAUGAAGUAUCAAGAGAAAGCUCCUGAAAUCAACAUCUCAGUUAACUGAUUGAAGCUGAAUGCAGAAACUCAAGUAGGCAUGACUGCAAGGAAGAAAUCAGCAACUGAUGAUAAUUCAUGAGCGGACCUCGCUAUAAAAGGGGCAUAGAGGACAAUGGACUGAAAUCAGAAUGGAGCCUAAGUCAUUGUGUUAAGGGGCAAAGCAAGAAGAGCUCAUAUUUUCGUUGUGUUGUUGUUUCAUUGGAGGUGCAAUUUUGGAGAAAAUCCACACUAUUUUAUGUAUAUGUGCUUAAUAUUUAAUUUUUUUGUUAUAUUUAAAAUUUCACACAUGCAAGAAAGAGCAUUUGUGCCAUGAGAAAAAAAAAUCAAUGCAGUAUCCAUACUGGAUUCAUUUUAAACUCAAAAAAUAAAACUUUUCUCCUUAUUUCUGCUUUUAAACUUGGGAAAUAAUAUUUUAGGUUUAGGGAUCUGACUUAAUUUGAAAUCUUGGUCUUGUCAGGGUGUUGCAUAGCAUUUGACUCCUUUUUGACCAUUUUGAGGUGGGGGUAGGAUGUGACGCACAUCUCAUCACCAAAACAAAGACCAAAUAAUAAACAUAUAAAAAUUAGAUGGGCUGAUGUCAUGGAAGGCCUGUCACCAACUCCUGCUCAAAGGUCACUUGUCAAUGUGUGUUCCUUUUGUGUAAAAACUGCAAAACAAAAUUUGGAAAGAAAUUAUACAGAACAUAUUGAAAGCAAAAAAGAGUAUGCAUUACAUGCAUUGAAAUUAAAAGAGAAAAUUCCGAAUUUGAUGCUCAUGGCCCAGUGUUUCUUUUUAAUAUGCUGUACUUGCUUGGUUAAGAAGUCUUCUGUCAUCCAAAUGUCUUUUCACUUAACAAGGAAAAAAAUUUUGUGAAGACUACUUAUGGCUGAUCUCAUUCACCAUACUCUCAAAAGGCACUGAGGUCUGCACAUUAGGGGUGCAAAUUAAAACAUCCAUAUAAAAAUGGAAGCAAAAUGGGGGGCUUCGGCUAACUAUUAAUGUCUUUGGGUUUUAGUGUAUGUAGGCACAGUAUGUUUACAUGGACUGUUCCAGAACCACUGGAUUGACUUAGAAUGCACAGCGAUCUCUGUUAUACUGUAUUUGUCAUAUUUAAAAAAUGUUUUCUUUUUAACUUGUUACACAUUGUUUAUAUUUUUGAAAGAGAAUAAAGUUUUUCUUUUCAAAAGUU